AUGGGUGGAGGAGCCUCAAAGAAUUCAUUUCGGCAAUACCUCGAGGAACGUGAGCAUCCUUUUCAAAAGAGAACGGAUCGAGCCUUUGUCGUAUCGGCUUCCAAAUAUCGAGCACAUCCUUCUCAAUCCUCAGAAACAACAACAACACAACAAGACUUCUCUCCUCACGAUGUUGCAGUGAUUGAAAAGGGAAAGAUUAUUUCUCAAACCGAAUCUGCAUCAUCAUCCAAUCAUCGUUCUUCUCCACCAUUGCAACACGAUCCGUCCUCAAAAAACUCUCCCCGAAGAACCAACACACUUCCUGUCAAACAAACUCCCAAAUUCUUCAAACAAUCCUUGCCAUACUCUUCAGAGCCGUUAUUUUCAUGGUUUAAGAAGAAACAACGGCCGAACAAGACCUUUCCAAGCGCAGCGAUCAAUGAGAAGGAUGUCAUUGUGGACGAGGCCAGUGUUUGGCACAAUACACGAAUUUGGGUCUCCAAUCCCGAUGAAACCGAAACAAGUGUAGUGGAUGGCGCAACUUUAAAUUUGACUCCAACACUAUCAAGCAGUUCACUGGAUUCUAAUGAAGAGCAAACGAACGGCAUUCAUUUCAACAAUAAUAACAGCCUUAAUCAACAAGUGAAUUCGAAUAGAGUCCAACAUGCACCGCCCACUGAAAUGACAACCUCACCAACAAACAUUGUAUCCUCUUCCUAUACAUCUACUUCGAAUGCACCAGUUACUGUGGUGAAAUCGGAAAAAACUGAGCCCAGCUCCACGAAUAAUUCGCCUCCCUCAUGCAAAAACGCAAAUAAUACCAAACAGUUAGACCACAACACAAUCGCAGGUGACAAAGAAAGAACCUUUAAUCUAACUCCCAUGAAAUCGCAACGAACGAAACGAAACGUAUCAGCUGCUGCACCCUUAGAACGAAACAGAAGCAGUAGUUUGCCCAACGCCUUCUUUCCCAUACCAAACAAGAGAACUUUGCUGUGA